AGUAUAUGCACCUGUAAAUAUGUCGGAAUUCAUAGUUCGAGAGGCAACAUUUGAUGAUUUAGAUGUUAUUCUGAACCUUUCUGAUUUUAAUGAAGGACUGGAUUACUUACAUGAAUACUUCGAUUUUUUCCAGUAUUGUUCGAACGUCAGUUCGUAUGUAUGUGAGACAAGAAACCAAAUAGUUGGUUUUGUUGUCUGCCACCGUGUUGAUAAUGGAGAAACUAUUCUUACUCGUGCAUCACGUGUAAGACCGGAAUUUCAGGGGAAAGGUGUGUAUAGACAGAUGUUGAUGGAAAUCGAGGAAGUACAGAAAGAAAAAGGAACCGCCCGGCGAUAUGCUGUAGUAAAGACUAGGCCACCUGCAAUGACACAGUUUCAAACAUACACGUCUGUUGCUAGAAAGGAAGCACACGUUUUCGAGAUUGCAGAAAAACAACAUGUGGAAACAUCCAUUAGCGACAUAAAGAGAAUCGACGGAAGCUUGCAAAAAUUAGAAGGUAUUCCAGCAUUGUAUUUGUCGGAGCCAUAUUCAAACUAUUUAUUUCCCGAGGGUCGUAUUAUAGUCGAUUUAGUACCAAUGCGCCUCAUCGAAAGUAAUCUCAAGUUAGCACAAGGAGGAAACACUGUCUUUGUAUCUGAUGUUCAAAUUAGCUCCAAUGAAUACAAGAAACUGAACACUUUUGACACCCCUCAAGUUAAAGGUAUCUUAACGGCAAGCUCUGUAUAUUGCACGAGAGACUUUGCAGAAAUGGUCUUAAUAUUGGAUGUAUUUGGUAGUGACCUAAGCACCUUCAACAACCAUGUAGCAUUUCAUUUAAAGCGUCUGAGAGAGUCAACUCCGCAACAGGUGCAUUUUAAGAUCUAUACUUCCAAAGGCUGCGACUGUUCAGUAAUUGAUUACACACUUGCUCAGUUUGGAAUUAAGAAACUUACGGAGGGUCGGCGUCUAGAGGAUUGUGUUAAACUAGAGGUUUAUGAGAGAGAUCUGCCAUAACUACCUUAAGGAUGGUAUUCAGAAUGGCGAAGAAAAAGCCAAAUGUCUAGUUAUGUAGUAUUUUAAUUCCCUGUUUAUCAACAUAGUCUCAUUUUAAAUUUUACCAUAUUGACAAAAUAUUCAUAUAUGUAAUGUGAAACCUGAACACCAAAGACUUAAGUGUACUGAACCCAUAUUGAAUUGGGCAUUAUUAAAGAACAGCACAAAUAACCCGCUUAUAACUAUUCAAUUUCUGUCAAUGCUAUCUAUCAUCAUGACCUCUAUCCAUUCAAAUAGUUUCACGCCAGAGUAAAAAGAAACGUUUAACAACAACUGCUAAUGAACAGCUUGAUGGAUCUUCAUCAACAUGGUCUGUAGCAUUGUUAUUAGGUUUUCUCUCAAUUUUAUUCAAAUGGGAUCACUCGGCCGCUAGAGGUAAAAUUAUAAAUACCUUGAAAUGUUUGUACCAUCAAUGUAUGGUACUUUCAUAAAUUCAGUGGAGGUGUUUUGCACUUUUAGAGGUCGCUAGAGUUAAACUUAGAAAAUAGCUUUUAAAUUACUUCUUCUGAUUAACUGCUGGCUUGAUCUUCAUCAGACUUGCCCUGUAGCAUAUUUGUAUGAUCCUCUCGCAAGUUUGUUAAAAUGGGGGCACUUGGCUGGGGCUAAAAAUAGAAAACCUUUAAAUGACCAUAUCAUGAAGCGCUUCAUGGAACUUCAUCAAACUUGGUCUGAAGUAUCAUUGUCGUUGUGAGUUCGAUACACGACAGAGUCGCUAAAUUUGUUUUAGUAUUUUAUUCUAUAGAGAUGUGUGAAUCUAUAUAAAUGUAUUCUCAUGGUAGAUAAAGAUAAAAUGAAAUAAUAUGGAAGUUUGUUGCGUACUGCAAUAUAUCGUUUUCUUUAAAUAAGUAUACAAUAUUAUGUAGAAUACACAAUAAAUGUCAUUUAUACAUGUUUAAAUAAAAUAUAUUAUAAUUGCAUUUCAUAUUUGGCUAGAAUUAUUUGUGCUGUGAGCUCUAGCUCCACGAAUUCACUAACACACCAAUAAAAAUUAUCAAUAAAAGUUUUCCCCGCCUGUUGAACUGUACCACAUGUAAAUGAAACAAAAGGCAUUAUAUGUAAAUCACAAACCAUAAUAUAUUCCUGCAAUCAAUGUCUUUACAAACAGCAUGACCAUCAAUGUCUUUACAAACAGCAUGACUAUCAUGUCUUUACAAACAGCAUGACCAUCAAUGUCUUUACAAACAGUAUUACAAUCAAUGCCUUUACAAACAGCAUGACCAUCAAUGUCUUUACAAACAACAUUACCAUCAAUGUCUUUACAAACAGCAUUACCACCAAUGUCUUUACAAACAGCAUGCCCAUCAAGGUCUUUACAAACAACAUGACCAUCAAUGUCUUUACAAACAACAUUACCAUCAAUGUCUUUACAAACAGCAUUACCACCAAUGUCUUUACAAACAGCAUGACCAUAAUAUCAACACCUCAAAGGGCUCGACUAAACAGGCAAAAGAGAAAUAUCACAGUUAGCCCAAGUUGUCUAUUUUUGAGGUAUUGAAGUAUAUUGAAGCAUCAAACUGUAAAAGGUCUGAACACAAUAUGGUGUAAAGAAUUUUACCAACUGACAGGCUGGUUAACCUGAUAAUAUGAUAACAUUAUU